CGGACAGCUGGUGGUCACACUGUCGGCGGGCGCGAGGCUCGACCCGUGCGUGACGGUUAGGACGAGCGCCCUGGGCCGUUGCGCACGCGGGGAUGAGGAGAUGCUGUCGGGCUGUUGCCGCCGGCUGAGGCGCGCGGGCUGCCAGCCGCCUCGCGGCAUCAUGUGCGCCAAGCGGCGGGGCUGCCGCCCUGCCCUCGCCCUGCUGUGGCUGCUGCCCGGUUUGCUGCUGCUGGUCGCCGCGGCGCUGCUCAACCCGCCGCCCGGACACCCCCCCGGUCCCGGUCCCGGUCAGGAUGGCACGGCGGCGGCGGGUUGGACGUCGGAGGGUAGCCGGCUGCCGGCGCUAGCACCGCCGUCCACCGAGGUCUUCGCCGAAGACGAGCUGAUGGUGGCGACCGAGGGACCGGCCAGUAAGAGGAGCUGGAGGAAGAGGGUGUACCGGCUGGUGAGGACAGGUGGACGGGGACUCCCCGGGCGACGUGCCGGUCCGGUCCUGGGACCCGAGCAGCAUGGGCAGCAUCUCCGAGGCUUUAACGAGGUUGUCAGCGAGCAGAUCUCCCUGCACCGAAGACUACCUGAGGUACGCGACCCUUUAUGCCUGCAGCAGGAAUAUGGUCAGAACCUGCCAAGUGCCAGCAUCAUAAUUUGCUUCCAUAAUGAAGCCUGGUCCACUCUUCUAAGAACAGUGAACAGUGUUAUGGACACAGCUCCAAAAAGAUUUCUCAAGGAGAUCAUCUUAGUGGACGACCUCAGUAACCAAGGACACCUGAAGGCAGCUUUAAGUGAUUAUAUUUCCAAACUGGACGGUGUCAGGUUGAUUCGCAGCAACAAAAGAUUAGGGGUGAUUGGAGGUCGUAUGCUUGGUGCGGCUCGGGCAACAGGAGAUGUCUUGAUUUUUAUGGACUCUCAUUGCGAGUGUCACAACGGCUGGCUUGAACCACUCUUGGAUAGAAUAGCUUUUGACAGGACUCGUGUUGUUUCUCCUGUAAUAGAUGUCAUUGACUGGAAGACAUUCCAGUAUUAUCACUCUGUUGAUUCGCAGAGAGGAGUCUUCAACUGGAACCUGGACUUUCAUUGGGAACCAAUACCAGAGAAUGAGCAAAAAUGGAGGCAGUCUCCUAUCAGUCCCAUACAAAGUCCAGCAAUAUCUGGAGGGGUGCUAGGAAUCAACCGACAUUAUUUCCAAAAUAUCGGUGCAUAUGAUCCUGGAAUGCUGAUGUGGGGAAUUGAAAAUUUGGAAUUAUCUCUCAGGGUCUGGCUCUGUGGGGGUUCAGUGGAGGUCCUGCCCUGUUCCAGGGUUGGUCAUGUGUACCAGAAACAUGCCCAUAGUUCUCUACCUGAUAAAGAGACUGUAAUGAAAAACAAAAUUCGUGUGGCUGAGAUUUGGUUGGAUUCCUUCAAGGAAAUCUUCUACAAGAGGGACUUGGCUGCAUAUUUGCUCAGUAAGGCUGAGAUGCCAGACUGUAAGGAACGACUGCAGCUGCAGAUGAGACUACGCUGCAAGAAUUUUCAUUGGUUUUUAAAUAACAUCUACCCAGAGCUCUAUGUGCCCGAAGACAAACCAGGAUAUUCUGGGGAGGCAAGACAAAGGUUUUUGCUCUAUAAUAUUGGUACAGGUUUCUGUGCAGACUAUGAAACUAAAUGGAACACCGGUGGAUACCCUAUUAUUCUUGCACCAUGCAGUAGCAAUGGGAAUCAGCACUUUGAAUAUAACAGUAGAAGAGAAAUCAGGUUUGGUACCGUUGUGGAACUUUGCGUUGAUGUCAGAGAUGAACAGGUCGUAUUACAGAAUUGUACCAGAGAGAACAGGAUAGAAUCACGUCAGCAAUGGAAUGUACAGAAGAGUGGAGAAAUUAUUCAUGCCUUUUCUGGGAAAUGCAUUGAGGCAAUAAGGAAUGCCACAAGCCAAGACCUGUUUCUAAGGCCAUGCAACAAGGAUGUCACCCAACAGCUGUGGCGAUUUGAGCAACUGUCUGUCAUAAAUGAGAGAUGAGCUGUCGCACCUGAUGCCUACUGUGUGAUGGCUGCAGUUCAUAUCCCCCUGCCUAGUCAGGAGCUGUCAAGUAUUUCAAGGGUGUGCAGAACUCAAGACUACUGACCACGUGUGCCUUGUACAUUGUUUAUACUGAAAAUCAUCACUAUUUCCAAGCAUCUUUGAAGAGCUGGAAAAGAUAAUCAAAAUAGAUUAUGUGACAUAAUUGAUCUGUCUAAACUCCACUCACAAUUAGGAUCAGCAAAAAUGAAACUAAUUUUCAUUCAAAGCAGAAUCCGUUGGCUAACAUAUUGUGUACAUUCUUUUUUUUAAAUAUGUUUCUAUUUUGCGGCAGCACUGUGUACUUUAAUGAUUGAAUAAGAAAAAAUAAACUUGAACAGCAUUCGAAUCAAGUUGUCCCAUUUUCUGUGUUGAUUACUGCCUGUUCAUCCUAAAAUCAGAAAGCAACCAACGAAAAAUAUAGUCUUCCGCUAAUAAUGAGGGUAUUUGAUAUGGUAUUUUUAUAAACCUGGCCAUAAUUUACAAGCAUCUGUUGAAUCAGGGUAAUACCGUAGAACUGGAAAAUAUCAGACUAUAACCCCUUGUAGUAGCCAUUUAGUUUAACUCAGUAUAUUAUACUUAUAACCAGUUACUUUUAAUUUUAUCUGCCUGUAAUUAUGUGGGUGGGAUUUAUACUUAGUCUGAGGCGUGUUUUUGGCUAGAGGAUUCUGGCGCAGAUGCCCAGAUGUUUUAGUUUAUUUCGGCGAAGACUAUGGGAGGAUACAGUUUUCGACCAUGAACACGAGCAUGAUCACGAGUAUGAUUGAAACAUAUAUAUGCUGGAAAACAGAGUGAUUUUACUGUUUGUACUACUAUAAUAAAGAAACUAUCAAGAGACUGUUUCUGGAAUACUUACCUUUCGACGGCUUUGAAUGUCUCAUGGAGAGCUCGUGGAAUGCGUAACCUUCUGACCCAUAGACAGCACAUUAGUGACUAUCGAGGACUAAAUCCUUGAGACGUUGUAAAAACUGUCACUACCGAG